AUGUUUGAUUAUUAUAAAAAUAAAUAUAAAAAGGGAUGUUUGCCCUAUUUUUUAGUAAUUGAAAUUUUUAGUGUUAUUAUCCUUGGAUUUAUAUAUGUGACGUUUCUUGAUACAAGGCCGUAUAUAGGAAAUUCAUUUAUUGCAACCGACUUUUUUGAUAGAUGGGGAAGAUAUUUAUAUGCCACAGAAAGAUUCAAUGAAAUUUUUGGUAUUCCUUCUAAGGAUGUAUUAAGGAGUAGAUCAAAAAUAGAAAGAUAUGAAGAAGAUGAUGUCAUAUUAAUAAAUAGAUUUGUAGAUGAAGAUGAGUAUAAUGCAUUUUUAUAUAUUAAAAAAUUGAUGAAGGAUUUAAAAAAGUAUAAAUUAUGGAAUAAUUAUAGUGUAAUUCCACAUGUUAAUGAAUACAAUAUAGUGAAUAAAAAUGAGAUUGAUGAAAGAAUAGAUAAUGAAAUUGAUACAAUAAAAAUAUUCUCAAAAAGUAAUAAAAAUAUAAUGUAUGAUUUAUGGUUUAAAGUAAUGAAUAACGAAAAAAUGAAAUAUUAUUCUUUAAUUAAUAUAUUAAAAAAUACGUACAAAGAAUUGAAAAUUAUUUAUAAAAUUCCAAGAAAUCUCCGAAAGAGAAGACGGAAUAAAUGUAAGAAUAUUAUUUAUAUGUAUGGUGAUUUUAUGGAGUUAAUGUUGAAUGAAAUGUUUGAAGAUUGGUUUAAUGAAGGAGAUUUUUUUUUGGAUGAAUUUAAAUUGUUAAUAAAUUCAAAUAGAAUUGCAUGGAAAGCCUUAAUGAAUCAUAUUCAAUGUACUUGUAAAAAUAUUAUGACUGAAGGUUUGGAAGAAGUCAUACGAAAAAAAAAUGAAAAAAGGAGUUCUAAUAAUAUAAAGAAAAGUUCAGAAAAAAGAAAAAGGAGAAACAGAAAUGAAAACACAAAAUGUGCUGAGAAGAAAAAUAUAGACAAUUAUAAGGAAAAAGUAUUUUUAUUGAAAUAUAAUCAAUAUUUAUCAUUUAAUUAUAAAGAUUCUGUUGAUACAGAACUAAAUAUGGAUGAAAAGGAAAAACGUUUUAAGGUUAAACGGAGGAAACACAAAAAAGGCAAAUUAAGAGGUACACAUAUGGAAAAUGAAAAUAUGAAAGAAUGCAUGAAACAGAAAGAAAAAAAUUUAAAUGAAACUUUAUUAAAUAAUCCAGAUUUAUAUAAAUCGGAAUCAAAUAAUAUCAAAUCGAAUAAUAUCAAAUCGAAUAAUAUCAAAUCGAAUAAUAUUAAAUCGAAUAAUAUUAAAUCGAAUAAUAUUAAAUCGAAUAAUAUCCAAUCAAAUAAUAUUAAAUCAAAUAAUAUCCAAUCAAAUAUUAUCCAAUCAAAUACCAUCCAAUCAAAUAACAUCCAAUCAAAUAACAUCCAAUCAAAUAAUAUCCAAUCAAGAAAAUCACGAAAUUUAGAAGAGGCAGAAAGUAUUUUCUCAAGUGAAACACGUUUUAAUAAUUAUAAUAAAAAAAAAGUAUAUUAUUUAGAUGAGGAAGCCCAUGAAUUAUUUUCUAAUAAAAAUUCCAAACAAAAGGAUAAUAAUAAUGAUAAUGCAUAUGGAGGCUGUUCAAGGUCAAGAAGUUCUUGUGUUGAUACAAAAUAUUAUGACAUAUUAAAUGUGAAACCAUAUGCAAGUUUCAAGGAAAUAAAAGAUAGCUUUUAUAAGUUAGCUUUAAAAUAUCAUCCAGAUAAAAAUGAAAAUAAUAUUGAAGCGAAAAUAAUGUUUCAGAAGAUAAAUGAAGCAUAUCAAAUAUUAAGUGAUGAAGAUCAAAGGAGAAAAUAUGAUGAAGGAGAAUUAAAUGAGGUGAAUGACGCUUUUUUUAUGGACCCAUUAAUUUUUUUUAUGAUGUUAUUUACAUCAGAAGAAUUAUUUGAUUAUAUUGGAACAUUAAGAAUUGCUACCUUUGUUAGUUUAGUAUUCAAACACAAUUUUUUUGCUAAUGGAAUUUUAACAACAAAAAACAUAAUAAAUAAAGGAAUUGAAAAGGAACAGAAAAAAAGGGAAGUUGAACUAGCUAUAUUAUUAAGAGAACGGUUACAACCAUAUGUUGAUGGGAAUGAAAAUUGGGCUGAAAAUAUGGAGAAUGAAAUUAAAAAGUUGUUUGUGUCCCCAUUUGCGUGUUCUAUUUUAGAGUCCAUAGGUUGGACGUAUGAAAAUGUUUCUAAAAGAUAUAUAGAUGAAAUUACAAAUAAGUGGGGUAUAGGUUUAUCUUUUGUUAAUAUUAAAUUAGCUUAUAGGACUGUUCGAGCUGUAUAUUCUCAUGUAAAAUCUUUUUUUAAUAUUAUUUUUACAGUUAAGAAAUUAAAACGAGCUUAUGAAAUUAUGGAUUCCAUAAUAGAUGGUAAAGAUGUCCAUGAGCCUAUUUCAAACGAGUCUAAUAAUAUGAUAUGUGAUUCAGAAUGUAGUUGCGAUUACAAUGUAAUUACACCCGAUAAUAUAAAUAAGGAUAGCAUGUCUAGUAAUUUUAAUAAUAAUCAUAGUGAACAUGAAAAUAAUAGGAAAAACGUAAGCGAAGCAUGCAGCAUAAUUAGUAAAAAGAAUAAUAUAAAUGAUUUAAAUGAUAAUAAUUCUCCUAUAACAUAUGAAGAAAAAAAUAAAAUUUUAAAAUCCUUCAUAAUAGAAUUACUCACAGUUAUAUUAUACGAUAUAGAAACAACAGUUAGGAAUGCUUCUGAUAAGUUUUUAAGGGAUCAAGGAGUAGAUGUAUAUAUGAGACUAAAAAGAGCAGAAGGAAUGUGUAUUUUAGGAAAAUUAAUGCAAAAAUGGGUAAAAACAAAAAAAAAUGAUCAAGAUAUAAAUAAAUUCGAUUUUAUAAAUCAUACAAAAAAUGCUUUUGAUAAAGCAUCAUGUGUAGAUGUUGAUGAAGAUGAUUAG